AUGCUGGUCGUGACCGUGUACGCGCUGUUCGGAGACGACAUCCGACUGUCGGCCUUCUCGCUGCCGGCAGACAACGGCUUCUACGCGCUGGCCACCAUUUGCCUCGUGCUCUUCUCGUUCGAGUUCAUCGCCUCGUGCUACGCGAAACCGGGCUACAUCCUGAGCUUCUACUUCCUGCUCGACCUCAUCGCCACCUUCUCCGUGCUGCCGGACAUCGGCUGGAUCUGGAACCAAAUCAUCGGCACCAACACGAGCUCGUCGGCCAUCAAGGCCAGCAAAGCCACGAGAGCCGGCAGCAAGGCCGGCCGAAUCGUGCGCGUUGUGCGUGCUGUUCGACUCUUCCGGGUCGUCAAGAUCCUCAAGUGGAAGAACAACGCCACCAAGGAGCAGACCGAGGAGCUCCAGGAGAGCAAAGUCGGCAGCAAGAUGGGCGAGGUGACGGUGCAGCGCGUUGUGAUCCUCGUGCUCUUCCUCGUCAUGUUGCUGCCGGUCUUUGACGGAGGCUACACCCAGGUGGAGUACCGCUACCAGGACUACGGACUGCGAAUCAUCCACAUGCUUGUGUCUUCGGGUAUGACUACACCCAGCGUUGCCACCUCCUCCGAGUACGCGCGUCUUCUCUUCGGAUACGUUCGCGACGCCGGUCUGCUGAUAUACAUGCAGAUGACCAACGUAACCAAUGGCCAGCUCGUGACCGACAUCGCGAGUCUGCGCUUCCAGUCGUCGACCAGCUCGCCGCACAACUUGACCGUAAACCCGUCAAACGACUGGUCCGUGGGCAACUUGCUGCCCAACUACGCGGCCGUGACCGCCAAGUACCGAGACGUUGAGGUCAACAUCGUCAAGACGUACGGCUGCUUCAACAAGAACUUCAUCGUGGUAGACGCCGCCGACAGCACGAGCGCGUGCGUGAGCAUCGCCAUCUUCGACAUUUCCUCGUCGAGCUCCAGCUCGGCCGCCUACAACAUCCUCAAGACCUUCUUCAUCAUCAUCGUGCUGGUCGCGGCCUCGACGUCCUUCAUCCGCACGGCUCGCAUCCUCGUGCUGGACCCUAUCGAGCGCAUGAUGGACGUCGUCAAGAAGCUCGCCCACAACCCGCUGGCCAGUGUGCAGACGUCGGGUGACGAUGCGCAGAUUCGCAAGAACGCCAAGGAGGAGGGCUUCGAGACGGCGUUGCUGGAGCUCACACUCUCGAAAGUCGGCCGACUCAUGCAGGUCGGCUUCGGUGCGGCCGGCGCCGACAUCAUCGGCAAGAACAUGGGCUCCGGAGACCUCGACCCGAUGCUGCCGGGCAAGAAAAUCACGGCCAUCUACGGCUUCUGCGAUAUCCGGCAGUUCACCGACACGACCGAGUGUCUGCAGGAAGAGGUCAUGGUGUACGUCAACAAGCUGGGCGACAUCAUGCACACCGGCACGCACCACUACUACGGCAUGGCCAACAAGAACGUGGGUGACGCCUUCCUGUUGUCGUGGAAGAUCUGCGACGGCGAGCUCGCGUGCUUCUCGCGGUUCACCGACACGCCGACAGAGGAGGACCGAAUCCAAGUGAACCAGUCCAUCACGUGCCCGCCGAACGCCGGUGCCGGCAGCAAGCUGCGUCGCAUCACGCCGACAGAGAUGGCCGACAGCGCUCUCACGGCAUUCAUCAAGUGUAUGAUCGACCUGGACAAUGCCAACACGGAUGGGCCUCUAACCGAGUACUUGACGAAGGACGCCGUCGUCAAGCGGUUCGGCCCGGCCUUCCGCAUCAAAAUGGGCUUCGGCAUGCAUGUCGGCUGGGCGGUCGAAGGGGCUAUCGGUUCUCGCUUCAAGAUCGACGCGACCUACAUCUCCCCGCACGUGGAGAUGGCCGACCGACUCGAGGCUGGAUCCAAGAUGUUCAUGACGCCCAUCAACAUCUCGCACUGGCUGGCAGCGCUUGUGUCGCCCGGAGCUCGUCGCUUCCUGCGUAAGAUGGAUCGCAUGAGCAUCCGGGGAGUGGACACACCGCUCACAGUGUACACGUUCGACGUCACCGUCAUGAAGGUUGGCUUCGGCACGCCCAAGAUCGACCCGGCCACGGGACUUCAGACACCCGUGGACUUCGAGAACGACCCGGAGUACCUCGAAAUCCGAGAAGGACUAGAACCAGCCUUCCUUGAGACGGCCAGCAGCGCUGUCGAAGCCUACCUCAGCGGAGACUGGCCGAAAGCUCGACACUACCUCACUCACGCGCAGCAGAUUCGACCCCAGGACGGGCCGUGCAAGUACCUCAUGGGGGUGCUCAAGUCGAGCAACUUUGAAACACCACGGGACUGGAAGGGAUACCGCUACGUCGCAGGAUACUAA